UCAGUGAAAGACAAAGACAGAGUUUAUUGAAGGACAGUGAGAAGAUGAGUGAUCCAGAACCCUGCAGAAUUAAACAGGAAGAGACUGAAGAACUAAUAGAUGUGAAGGUGAAGGAGGAGAGUGAAGCACCGAGUGAAGAUGAGGAGAAACAUCAUGUCAAAAGUGAAGAAGAAACUCACACAAGCACUGAACACAGUGUUUUGCUGAACAGCACAGCUGUAAACGGCUUCACCUGCACUGAAUGUGGAAAGCGUUUUGGGUGCAAAUACGGUCUCAAGUACCACAUGAAGAUCCACACUGGAGGGAAAGUGUACAAGUGUUCACACUGCGACAAGACAUUCUGUACGCUGGUACAACUGAGGGCGCACAAGAAGAUUCACGCUAAAGGGUUUCUCUGCGUUGCUUGUGGGAAGAGUUUCAGGGAUAAAUUUUCUCUACGAAGACACACGCGCAAAUAUCACGAGCCGAAUGAAGACAUGAAGACCUGCUUAAACGUUCAUUUAAAGUUGAAGCAGUUUUUGUGCUCUUUGUGUGGAAAGAGUUUCAAUCGUUCACACAGUUUAAAGAAACACGAGAGGACUCACACUGGAGAGAGACCUUACAAGUGCUCACACUGCGACAAGACAUUCAAUGAGUUAGGAAGUCUGAAAGCGCAUGAGAUGAAUCACACCGGAGAGAGACCGUACACGUGCACUCAGUGUUGGAAGAGUUUCACACGAUCAUCAAACCUUAAUCGGCACAUGAUGAUCCACACUGGAGAGAAACCGCACCAAUGUGAUCAAUGCGGCAAGACAUUUUCAAGGCCAUCAGAGCUGAAGAUCCAUCUUAUAGUUCAUACAGAGCAGAAGCCUUAUUCAUGCUCUGAGUGUGGGAAGAGUUUCCUAAGAAAGUCAGUAUUCAGAAAACAUGAGAAGAUCCACACUGGAGAGAAACCUUACAAGUGUUCACACUGCGAUGAGAGAUUCUGUAAGUUAGGUCAACUGAAAGCACAUGAGAAGAGUCACACUAAAGAGAAGCUGUUCCUCUGCAUUGCUUGCGGGAAGCGUUUCAGGGAAAUAUUUUCUCUACAAAGACACACACAAAAAUAUCACGAACUGAGUGAAGACAUGAAGACCUACUUAAGUGUUCAUUCAAAGAUGAAGCCGUUUUCAUGCUCUUUGUGUGGAAAGAGUUUCAAUCGUCUACACUGUUUAAAAAAACAUCAGAGGAUCCACUCUGGAGAGAAACCGUACAAGUGUUCAGACUGCGACAAAACAUUCAGUGACUCAGUAAAACUGAAAGCACACGAGAGUAUUCACACUGGAGAGAAACCGUACACCUGUACUCAGUGUGAAAAGAGUUUCAGACGAUUAUCACACCUUAAUGUACACAUGCUAAUCCACACUGGAGAGAGACCCUAUAAAUGUGAUCAAUGUGGCAAAACAUUUUCAAGGCCUUUAGAGCUGAAGAUCCAUAUUAGACAUCAUACAAAUGAGAAGCCUUAUUCGUGUUCUGUGUGUGGAAAGAGUUUUACAAGACAGUCAAGUUUAGGAAGGCAUAAGAAGAUUCACACUAGAGUGAAAGAGCAUGUGUGCUUUAAGUGCGGGAAGAGUUUUGCUAAAGCUGAACGUUUGAAACUGCACCAGAGGACUCACACUAGAGAGAAACCAGAUACGGAGUGUGGGAAGAGCUUCGCAGAAUCAUCAACCCUUAAAGAAGACAUGGAGAUAAAUCAAAGAGCAAUGCGGCAAGACAUAUUUGAGGGCUGCAUAACUGAAGGAACAUCUCAAAGUUCAUAUAAAGAAGAAGCCUCAUGACAAUGUUUUAACAUGUCUUUCAGCAUUCAUACUCGAGUGUUUUUUCUGAGGAUGAGCAGAGUGAAUGUGCACAAAAUCACUCCCUGAUGUUAGAUGGUGCUUAAUGAACUUACAGCUUCUGAAAGGAAAGUGAAACUUACCAUCCGGUCUUGUUUGAUCUGGAUUUACUCUCUAUAGUCAGCAAAAAAAGGUUUGCUAUGUAAAGGUGCUGUAUGUAAGUUUUUGACUCUUCUAAAGCUUAAAUAUACCAUAAUAUGUUUGCAGAUAUUUAUGAAACACACUAAGUGUUUAUCUGAAAAACAUUGCUGAAGUCAGUUAAUCUCUUUUGAAAGUCUUUGUUUUGGUCUCUAUAACCAGCCCACUGCCAGUUUACCCAAUUACAUUUCAGCACUCCGGGUUGACUUGGUGAAAAACACCCCUUCAUUUCAGUCAUGAUGGCUGAUACAAUUUAUCCGGUUGCGGCAAACUGCGAUUUCAUAAAGUCAUGAGAGGAAGGGCUGGGUCAAAAAGUGUUUUGAUUUUAGAGUGCAAUACCUAGUUUAACCACUGGAUGUCAAUCUCACACACUGCACCUUUAACACCUUGGAUAAAAAAUCCACUUGUUUCACUUUCACUCUUCAAGCUAUUUAGAAGCCAUGAGCACCCACUGACAGGUAAAGAUGUUUAGUCUUUGUACUGAGGGAUUGAGACGCACUGGCCAAUUUUUGUGUGCAUAUUUAUCCACCACCUAUUCUAUAUAUAUAUAUAUAUAUAUAUAUAUAUAUAUAUAUAUAUAUAUAAUUUAAUUCAGCAAUUCUUCGUCAGCGCUGUUUUGUGAUGACAGUUACUCUGAGCAUCAAAUAUAAAAGCCUCUACAACUCAUGGCUGUGUGUGCAGUCAGCUGUGGAGCCAUGUAAAACUUAAAUAAAGGGAUAAAUUAAUUUAAUAACCUUUACAAUGACUUUAUAAUGUAAAAGCCGAAAUGUUAGGACAUUUAGAAAUCCUAAAGAGGAAUUAAAAGAUCAUGUAUGGUCAGCCUUUCUGAAUGUUUUAUUGUUGUAGGCCUUUAUCGUUUUGCUUUAUGAGGCGAUUAAUAUUAUGCAGGGUAUCUAAAAUGGGUAUUAAGAAGCUUCAUCUCCUUUAAUUGUUAUCUUGUGCUAUUAAGUUUGACAGUUUUACAGAUUUUAGGAAAGAAACUUUAAAAAGAGGGUUUAUUCAAACUUGCUCUGAAGAAAACGUUUGCUUUUAAAUUUUGUUAGGUGUAUUUUUAACAUAUUUUAAGAGCCCAAUAAACACUAUUUCACCUCA